AUGGAAAUAAAUGGGUUUUGGCUGAUACAACGAAGGGAAGACAUUGCCCAAACUCUACUAAAGAAUGUCGAUUUCAAGAACAUGUCUCACUGCAACAAGAAAUUCAACUCUGAAGAAGAGCUGAGCGAUCAUGCACCACAUUGCAGUUUUAGAACUAUAAAUUGCACAAAUGAGAGGUGUAAUGCCAGAUUCAGUGCAGCUCACAAGGAAAACAACAUUGCUCGGAGAAUCUCCAUUCUCACCUGCUUCUAUAUUUUUCAAGUUGUUCACAAGGAAGCAUCUGUGGAGGAUCUCAAACAAAGAGCAGAACAGCUAGAAAAGUCUUCAUCUCCUGGACAACUAGCAGAAGCUCAGGAUGUGAGAUCUUUAACCUUGGUGAUCAAGAAUUUUGAAGCAAAGCUUGGCCCUAGGAAUCAACACCAACAAAGCUACAGAGUGCAAGGGGUCACCUGCCAAAGAAGAAGAUUGCUCGGAAUCAACCACUAG